CGAGCGCGGACGGGGACGGCGUCCAACUGACAAACGCGGCGCGAGCGGCCGGUGGAGGCGCUGAGAGCGCGAGGCGAGGCUUUCCUCCUCCUCCUCCUCGGCUGUCAACCCCGUUCCCCUCACACGCCAUCACUCCCCCGAGUGAGUGAGGGAGGGAGGGAGGGGAGUGAGGGAGUUAUAUACUUCUACAGCAGCUGCGGGGCGAGCCGGAGCCGGCGAUGUUUUGAGCGCUGAAGGUGUGAGGUGACCCGGCGAGGAGGAGGAGGAGGAGGAAGGAGGACGGAAGGAAGGAAGGAAGGAGAGGGAAAGAUGCAUCUCCAUCAGGUGCUGACCGGAGCUGUCAACCCCGGCGACAACUGCUACUCGGUCGGGGGAGUGUGCGACAUCCCUUUUACGGCCUAUGCUUCGGGAUGUGAUAUUGUGAUAUUGGGAAGUGACUUUGAAUGUGUUCAGAUCAUCCCAGGUGCUAAACAUGGGAACAUCCAAGUUGGCUGUGUGGAAUGCUCACUCCAGCAAGGCAGAAUUGCUGCUUCUUAUGGAAACACUGUUUGCAUUUUUGAGCCAGUGCUCAUAAGGCACAAUAAGAGAAAAAGUCUUCUAAAUUAUCAAUGGCAAAAGACGGGACAGUUUUUUCUCCAGUCCAUUGCAUACAACUUGGCCUGGGAUCCGCAAGGUAACCAGUUAUUGACAGCUACAGAUCGUCUGCAAUUAUGGUCACUUCCCUCUAAUGAUAUUAUUGAAGAAGAAGGGUGUUCUCCUGAGGAAUAUAAAUUGCACCCGGAUUUGAAUGACUGGAAAUGUAUCUGGCAGUGCAAGACUGCUAUUCCAAUCUAUCUUAUGAAGUGGUCUCCUGAUGGGGAAUACUUUUCAACAGCAGGAAAGGAUGACUCGCUUCUGAAAGUCUGGUAUCUUACAAGUGGCUGGAAGUCUGCAGUAGUAGGUUCGGAAAUUCUUGACAAAAAACAUACCUCUGCAACUGAACACUUUUCCUUUGUGUACCUGGCACAUCCACGUGCUGUAACAGGAUUUUCAUGGCGUAAGACUAGUAAAUACAUGCCAAGGGGUUCAGUGUGCAAUGUGCUGCUGACCUCAUGCCAAGAUGGGAUCUGUCGACUUUGGGCUGAAACUUUAUUGCCAGAAGAUAAUAUUGUUGGGGGACAAAUGACCGAGUCCACUAUCAGCUCAAGCACUCAUCUUUCCCAUAGUGGAAGUCAGAAAGACAAGAUCCAACAUGCUCUGGAGACAAUUCACCACUUGAAACAUUUAAGAAGCCGUCGUCGUAGAUCCUCUGUUCUGGCUUCCCACACAGAGAUUUUGCCGAGCCAGCUUGGAACACAUGAUGUUCACAGACAGAUUUCGCACCAUGCAAAUGCACUCUGCCACUUCCACAUUGCAUCAAGCAUUAACCCUAACACAGAUAUUCCUCCAGCCUUAGCUGGAACAGCUUUUAAUAUAGAAGAAGGAGGUGGAAGCUUUGUGGUUCACUGGCUGAAUAAUAAAGAAUUGCACUUCACGUCUUCCAUGGAAACAUUCAUGCAACAUUUGAAAAAGCUCACCGAUAACCAAAUAGAUGAGGAAGCUGACUUUGCCCGUCACAGUGGAUUGGAAAUGAAAAUAGAUAUUGAACAAGAUGAAGUUUCAGAGAAAAGCUCAGAGCACGAGAAUGAAGAGAUGGAAUGUGAUGAGAGCACAAAAGCAUCUACACCUCUCUCUGCAGGAAUGCCAAUGCCCACUCUGCUGCUCGACCGAAAAAUUGAGACUCUUCACAAUGAAUGGAAUAGAAAUGCAGAUAUGCUGUUUACAAUCCAUCCCGUAGAUGGUUCGUUUUUAGUCUGGCAUGUGAAGUAUUUAGAUGAAUACCAUCCAGGAAUUUUCAGACAAGUCCAGAUUACGUUUUCAUCACGGAUUCCUGUUGCUUUUCCUACUGGUGACGCUAACUCACUAAGCAAAAAUAUCAUGAUGUAUGCGUGCACAACCUCUAUUAAAGAAGUCUGUACCGGAGGACAUUUCACCAAGUUUAAAAGUUUUCCAGAUAGUGACUCAAAUGUCAAACCAGCGUCGCAUCAUAUUGGUAGCUUAAAAAUCAACCUCUUCAUUCCAUCAGUUAUGAUGAUUUCAAAACACAUCGAUGGAUCUCUGAACCAAUGGGCAGUUACCUUUGCUGAAGAGUCAGCCUUCACCACGGUUUUAACAGUGUCACAUAACUUCCGAUAUUGUGGACACCGCUUCCAUCUGAACGAUUUGGCUUGCCAUUCAGUACUACCUUUGCUGUUAACCUCUUCCCAUCACAAUGCAUUAAUAACCCCUGAAGCUGACUCCAUUGAAAAAGAAAAUCGUGUAAUCGAACCUGUCAGGUCCUUGAAAGGGCCAGUUACACAGCGAGUUAAAAAUGCUGCUACCCGAACCUUUCAUGAUCCCAAUGCAAUCUAUAGUGAAUUGAUCCUCUGGCGUAUGGACCCAAUAGGACCCUUGUCGUAUUCUGGCGGAGUUUCCGAGCUGGCACGUAUCAAUUCCCUCCACACUUCAGCUUUUUCAAAUGUAGCCUGGCUUCCAACGCUGAUCCCCAGCUACUGCCUUGGUACCUAUUGCAACUCUGCUAGUGCUUGCUUUGUAGCUUCCGAUGGUCAGAACCUCAGACUUUAUCAGGCUGUGAUUGAUGCCAGAAAGCUUCUGGAUGAACUUUCUGAUCCUGAAAUAUCGAAACUUGUGGGUGAAGUAUUCAACAUCGUCAGUCAGCAGUCCACUGCUCGCCCAGGGUGCAUCAUUGAACUGGAUGUAAUAACAGCACAGUGUGGUUCAAACACGCAACUACUUCACGUGUUUCAAGAAGAUUUCAUUUUAGGGUACAAACCACAGAAAGAAGAAAUGAAUAAGGAGCAAGAAUUUUCUGUUCCAUCCGCACAAGGAUAUCGGGCCCCAUCGUUCUCUGAGAAGUUUUUUCUUGUGGUCAUAGACAGAGACAAAAGGCAGUCUGUUCUUCACAUGUGGCAUCUCCAUUUGAAAUCUGUGCAACCUCGUGUUGAAGUGAACACAUCGGAUAGCCAGCUUUCUGUACCAGAAGAAAACAACCUUGGAACAACCUUAAAAACAACUUCUGGUCUGACUCCUCUUCCACGCUCUGCAUCAGUUGCUAAUCUCCAGACUGCUAGCAAGCUGAUACUUAGCUCCAAGUUAGUCUACAGCCAGCAGUUAAACCUGCCUGAGGGAGUAGAAGUAAUCCGAGCUACCCCUUCUGCAGGUCACUUGAGUUCAUCGUCCAUCUACCCAGUCUGCCUUGCACCCUACCUUAUCGUGACCUCGUGCUCUGAUGGUAAGGUGAGGUUUUGGCGUUGCAAGGUAGAUACAAACUUGGAGGGUGACCACUUAAAGGAAUCGCACACUUAUCGGUGGGAAGCCUGGCCUCUGAUGAAUGAGGAAGGAGAACACAGUAACAGUGCAGUGAAUGUGACUGGAAGACCAGUGGCUGUAAGCUGUUCAUAUACUGGCCGCCUGGCUGUAGCUUAUAAACAGCCUGUUCAACUCAAUGGUGUUACAUCUGAAGAGUUUUCUAUGCAUGUUUCUAUAUUUGAGUGUGAAUCGACAGGAGGUUCAGAAUGGGUGUUGGAGCAAACCAUUCAUUUGGAUGAAUUAGGAAAGGUUGGAGGUGUCCUGGACUCUCGGGUUAGUGUAGAUAGCAAUUUAUUUGUGUACAACAAGUCGGACAUCUAUCUUAACCAGGGCAACCACAUGACUUCUAAUAUAAAACAUUUAGUUCAUUUGGACUGGGUGUCAAAAGAAGACGGUUCUCAUGUUCUUACUGUUGGAGUUGGUUCGAAAAUUCUCAUGUAUGGAAGACUAUCGGGAAUUCUAACUGAACAAGCCAGCAGCAAGGAUGGAAUGGCUGUUAUUACAUUGCCACUAGGGGGAAGCAUUAAACAAGGAACCAAGUCAAAAUGGGUAUUGCUCAGAUGUGUGGAUUUGGUGUCUUCAGUGGAUGGUACGCCGUCACUGCCAGUUUCUCUUUCCUGGGUGAGAGAUGGCAUCCUUGUGAUUGGAAUGGACUGUGAAAUGCAUGUAUAUGCUCAGUGGAAACAUUCUUCAAGGCCGUUAAACGAUUCUGAAUGUGACAGCGUGUUAUCACUCGACAUGGGCUCGUCCGUGUUUGAGACUAAAAUAUUUCCCAAGAAGUACAGUGUUGUUGACGGGACAGCUGCUGCAGAUGAUGUAUUUGGAGUCCCAGGCAUGAUUCAAGAUGGUGGGCUGUUUGAAGCUGCUCAUGUCCUGUCUCCUACCCUUCCUCAGUAUCACCCCACUCAGCUGUUGGAGCUUAUGGACUUGGGUAAGGUGCGCAGAGCUAAGGCAAUUCUUUCCCAUUUGGUUAAAUGUAUAGCUGGAGAAGUUGCAAUUGUGAGGGAUAUAGACCCAGCUCAAGGAGGAGGGCCUAAACGUCACCUCUCUCGGACCAUCAGUGUAAGUGGAAGUACAGCAAAGGACACAAUUAUAGCUGGAAGAGAAGGCACUCGUGAUUAUACUGAGAUUGACUCCAUUCCACCACUGCCACUUUAUGCAUUGCUGUCUGCCGAUCAGGAUACAUCCUAUAAAACUGCUGAGGAGAAAGCAAAAGUAAGAAAACGUUCACGAAGUCAAAGUAAAAGAGAACCAGAGGACCACUAUGCUGACCUUUUCCAGACUCAGAGUGUAACCACUGAUGAUUUUAUUGUCUUUGAAAUUGAGAGGAAAGAAACUAAAUCUAAAGUUAUAAAUUUGUCCCAAUAUGGACCAACAUACUUUGGACCAGAACAUGCCCGCUUACUUUCCAGUCACUUGAUGCACUCCAGUUUGCCCGGACUUACACGAUUGGAGCAGAUGUUCCUUGUGGCUUUAGCUGAUACAGUGGCUACCACGAGCACAGAGGUUAACGAAAACCAGGAUAAAAAUUACUCAGGAGCUGAAACUUUGGAUGAAUGUGGCCUGCGUUAUUUACUUGCUAUGCGCUUACAUACAUGCCUUCUGACAUCACUGCCUCCAGUCUAUAGAGUUCAACUUUUGCAUCAAGGUUUGUCCACCUGCCACUUUGCCUGGGCCUUUUAUUCAGAAGCUGAGGAAGAAUUGCUCAAUAUGAUUCCUGCAAUGCAGAAAGGAGAUCCUCAGUGGACUGAGCUGAAAGCAAUGGGAGUGGGCUGGUGGGUUAGAAACAUUAAUACACUCCGCAAGAGCAUUGAGAAGGUUGCAAAAGCUGCUUUUCAAAGAAACAAUGAACCAUUAGAUGCUGCAUUGUUUUACCUUGCUAUAAAGAAGAAAGCUGUAUUGUGGGGCUUGUUCAGAUCUCAGAAUGAUAAAAAGAUGACCGAGUUUUUCAGUCACAAUUUCACUGAAGAUAGAUGGCGUAGAGCAGCUUUGAAAAAUGCAUUUGCGUUGCUGGGAAAACAGCGGUUUGAACAAUCAGCAGCAUUUUUCUUGUUGGCAGGUUCCUUAAAGGAUGCUAUUGAGGUGUGUCUGGAGAAAAUGGAUGAUAUCCAGUUAGCCAUGGUCAUUGCUCGACUUUACGAAUCCGACUAUGAAACGUCAUUCACUUGCAAAUCCGUUCUUUAUGAGAAGGUUCUUGGUUGUAAGCCAGAUGGCUCUGAAUUUGUACCUAGCCGACUACAUCCAGAUCCUUUCUUACGUAGCAUUGCAUACUGGAUUUUGAAGGAUUACUCCCGGGCACUGGAUACUCUAUUGGAACAGCCUACAAAGGACAGUGAGGACCAUCCAGGUAUCAUCAUAAAGUCUUGCAAUCCAGCAGUGUUCAGUUUUUAUAAUUAUCUUCGUACUCAUCCCUUGCUGAUGCGCAGGCAUUUUGUUUCACCAGAGGGCUCCUUGGCUCCUUUAGGACUAGCAGCAGAAAAAGGUGAAGAUGAAAUCAAUCUCAUGGAGAGAAAAUUAUUUUUCACAACCGCAAAUGCCCAUUUUAAAGUUGGUUGCCCUGUCUUAGCACUUGAGGUACUGUCUAAAAUCCCAAAGGUAAUGAAAAUGUUUGAAACUGACACCUUAGAUUUAACUAGCCAAGCCCCAAAUGGUGCUGUAAGUGUAAAUGAAGCAAAGCAUGAAGAAAAAGCUGUGGAUAUUGGCUGGCCACAGACUGCAAGUGGUACAUCUGCUCUGGACUGGACUACCAGUAGUUCUGAUACACUGGACUGGGGUCAAUCAGUGAUAAAGGUAGCUGAAGAGCCUCUAAAGCUUGAUUGGGAAGAGGAUAAAGAUGAAUCAGAAGAGGAUGAUGGGUUGAUCAUGAAAGACAGUGAAAUAGAGGAAAAAGCUGAAGGCAAGAAGAAACCUGAAACUCCUGGAGUUUCCCAGACUCUUCAGAAAGAGGAUUCCAGCAGUUCUGCUAGCUUUCAGAUUGACGUGAUAGCCGAACAGUUAAAAUUCAGAGCCUGCCUAAAGAUUCUAAUGACCGAGCUUAGGACGUUGGCUACAGGAUAUGAAGUAGAUGGAGGAAAGCUCAGGUUCCAGUUGUACAACUGGCUAGAAAAGGAGAUCUCUGCUAUGCAUCAAAUCUGCAAUUAUAAAACGAACGGUAAAGACACUGCCGGGGAGAUAAACGAAAGGCGCAGCAGCUCAUUUGACCACGACAUGGAAUUGACUGAGAACAUGGAAAUAGCUUCUUACGAACGCCAUCAGAUUGAUCGCCGAAGACUGCAAGCAAAGCAAGAACAUGCAGAAAGGCGCAAGUGGUGGCUGCAUAAAAAUCAGGCUCUGCUUAGAGUGUUUAUGAGCUACUGUAGCUUACAUGGGGCUCAAGGAGGUGGCUUGGCCUCAGUCAGAAUGGAACUUAUCUUCUUAUUACAAGAAUCGCAACAGGAAACUACUGUGAAACAGCUUCAGUCUCCUCUUCCUUUACCUACAACUUUGCCCCUGCUUUCUGCAAGCAUCGCUCCAACGAAAACUGUUAUAGCCAAUCCAGUCAUGCAUUUGAGUAACUACAUCCACGAUAUCUUGCACACAGUGGUACAGAUGAGUUGCCCGCCUAUUCCGGAUCAUAGGGAUGAAAAGGUUUCUACUCUGCAUACUUUGGCAGCCUCCCUCUCUGCCUGUAUUUACCAGUCUCUAUGUGACAGUCAUAGCUACAGUCAAACUGAUACAAACAGGUUUACAGGAAUGGUGUAUCAGGGACUUUUAUUGGGUGAACGACGUAGACUGCGGACUGAAAGCAUUGAUGAGCACGUGACCCCAAACUCUGUACCUGCGUUAUGGCCUGGUGUCACAUCACUGAUCAAUCUCCUGGCAACAGCUCGGGAUGAAGAUCAGCCAAAAUUGAACGUGAUGCUUUGUGAGGCUGUGGUUGCUGUGUAUCUAAGUUUACUGAUCCAUGGUAUUGCUACCCAUGCCAGCAACGAGCUGUUUCGAUUAGCCGCUCAUCCACUGAACAAUCGCACAUGGGCUGCAGUUUUUGGAGGUGGUGUGAAGAUUAUAAUAAAGCCUAAGAAACUUCCAGAAGUUACCCCAGUUCCUCCAGUUCCCCCUGAGGACGUUGACCGAUAUCGGAGGAGAUUCAACAUGAAAAUGCUGGUUCCCGGGAGACCUGUGAAGGAAACUUCAGCCCCACCACCUGUGCCCACCGAGCGACCUUCAUACAAAGAGAAGUUCAUUCCUCCGGAGCUCAGUAUGUGGGAUUAUUUUGUAGCCAAGCCAUUCCUGCCUCCAUCUGACAGUGGAGCAAUGUACGACUCAGACGACAGUAUCCCUAGUGAUGAUGAUGAAGAUGAUGAUGAUGCAUUUGUUUCUGAUAUUCAGCUACAAGAACAUUCGGAUCCUAACUCUUACAGUUGGUCUCUGAUGCGUUUAGCAAUGGUUAAGCUUGCAUUGCACAAUGUGAAAAACUUCUUUCCUGUUGCGGGGUUGGAGUUCUCAGAUCUGCCAGUAACCUCGCCUUUGGGAAACGCUGUUCUUAAAACCUUGGAAAACUGGCAACAUUUACUUCAAGCAAAAAUAGAGCAGCUUGAAGGGCCACCUCCAAACUAUAUUAACACCUAUCCCAGUGACCUGGCAGCAUCAGGUGGACCAGCCAUUCUGAGACACAAAGCAAUGCUUGAACCAGACAACACCCCAUUCAAGUCAAGACUUAGUUCCACUCUUCCUGUUAAACGGUUGUGGUACUUCUUGGUGAAACAAGAAAUUCUGCAAGAUACAUUUAUAAGAUUUAUAUUCACGAAGAAGAGAAGGCAAAGUGAGUCAUUAGAAGACCAUGUGGAUCAAGUCAAACCAAACUACGUAGCAGAGCAUCAUGGCAACCACAAGGUGGAAGCAGACUUGGGCUACCCAAGUGGAAAGGCCAAGAUUAUCCAUAAGGACUCCGAUGCCAUAAUGGCAUUUGCUAUCAAUAAGGCAAAUACGAAUGAGAUGGUUUUAGCUUCUACUCAUGAUGUACAGGAACUUGAUGUAUCUGCUCUCCUCGCUGCUCAAUCAUAUACAUGGAUUGGUGAAGAUUCAGACAGGGAGUCCAGAAGUUCAGAUGAUCUAGAGCAUAGACCUUCCUCGGGAAGCGCUAGCCAAACAAGUACACCACAUUUUGGAUCUGGUCAUCUUUCAACUUCCUCUUCCAUGCCUUGGCUGGGAAGUGGGCAAACCAGUACAGGAGCUACUGUGCUCAUAAAGAGAAACCUGAACAAUGUGAAAAGGAUGACUUCGCACCCGGUUCAUCAGUAUUAUCUUACAGGUGCACAGGAUGGAAGUGUGCGGAUGUUUGAAUGGAAUCGCCCUCAACAGGUUAUAUGUUUCCGUCAAGCUGGCAACGCUCGGGUUACUCGACUACAUUUCAAUUCCCAAGGCAAUAAGUUGGGGGUCGCAGAUGGAGAAGGAUUUCUGAGCCUUUGGCAGGUCAAUCAAACUGGAUCAAACCCUAAACCAUAUCUGAACUGGCAGUGCCACAGUAAAGCUACCGGUGACUUUGCGUUCAUCACCUGUUCGAGCCUCGUAGCCACAGCUGGGCAAUCUAAUGACAACAGAAAUGUAUGCCUGUGGGACACACUGAUUUCACCACACAACAGUCUUGUGCAUGGUUUUGUUUGCCAUGACAAUGGUGCGACAGUGCUUCAGUAUGCACCGAAACUGCAGCUUCUGGUCUCUGGAGGCAGAAAGGGUUUCAUCUGUAUUUUUGACGUUAGGCAGAGGCAGUUGUUGCAUACGUUUCAGGCACACGAUUCUGCUAUUAAAGCUCUUGCUUUGGACUCCGCAGAGGAUUACUUCCUUACAGGUUCAGCAGAGGGGAAUAUGAAGGUCUGGAGAUUAACUGGUCACGGUUUAAUUCAUUCCUUCACAAAUGAACAUGCCAAACAAUCUAUCUUUCGAAAUAUUGGAGCAGGAGUCACUCAGUUAGAAAUCCAGCCUGCCAAUCGCAUCUUCUCCUGUGGAGCAGAUGGAACAGUGAAGACCCGAGUUUUGCCAGACCAUUUUAAUAUUCCUGCUGGGAUAUUUGACAUCUUGUAGUCGAUUGGGCCACAGUCCUUGAGCUAGCUGUUCCUGGAUGUUGCCUAUUAGAAACCAGCUGCAGCUGCCGAUGCAUAAGCUGUAGGGGAGUACGCUCUGUUUGGUCAGACUGGGAGGAGCGGGUUGGGAUCUGAGAAUCAGCUUUGUGCUGAGGUUUUCUGUUACACAGGGUCAGAGUGGGUUUGAAGGAUGAAGUGAAAAAAGUAAUUUAAAAGCAGUGUUAUAUGGUUGUGUGGUAUAGAGACUUUGAAGAUAUCCAUAUAUUAUAUACCCAUAGGACAGACUUGCAUGUGCGGUUUUAUUACUUUUAAAAGCAAUGCAGUGGCAGGUUAUUGGUAGUGCUCUGUGAACACAAUGCAGAAUCUUUCAGUGUACUCUUAAGUGUAUGGACAUUAAAAAGACGUGCACACAGCUAACUCGCCCCCUCCCAUCAGCAUUGACAUAAUGAGAAUUGCUGUAUGUAAUGGUAGUGUGAAUUGAUUUGUAGGACUUGAAUUCAUUCCACACCCUCGCACUUCGAAAUGUAUUCAAGUAAACCUUCAGUGUUGACACUGAAGCAGCUGGGUGAUCUUUUUCUCAAUGCAAACCGUGUUUUCAAAUGUUAGAUUCACAAUCAUUCGGAUGUACAGUUUAUUUGAUUUGUCGAUGACAAUUGAUAAGUAUUUUGAAACUUGAUUUGAUCACUCAACCCAUGGAACCUAUUUUAUGUACGUUUUGCACACAGAUCUUCAACCUAUAAGACCGUUGUCUUUCUAUUACAAAUAAUUUGCCUUUGCAUUUGGGAAUGUGAAGUGUAGCACAGUAUAAUUGUGGCAUUAAGGACUUUAUACUAGAAAGUGAAAGAAACCAGGUGGGGAAAUGCUAGUCUCUUCAUACGAGGUUGGAUCUACCAUCAUUGUUAAUUUAUCCAAUGAAUCUGCAACGUUGCACUCUAAAAGGACGCUAUGAAAGUUUUGGUAUUUAAAAAGUCAGAAUGCAAGUAAAUGUGUAAAAGGUUGCAUUUUCUUAGCUGAAUGUCUGGCUUCAUUGGGCCAACACUUUAAUACUGUAUUAUGACAGGGUUUAUUUAGUUAGUUUUGACCUGUGAUGAAUUAACAGCUUGUAUACAAGAGCUGUGUAUUGUUUGCUAUUUUGCCUGUAACCCAUAGUUCAAGUUUAAUUUAUUGUAUUUUUAUGUUUUCUAUAUGUAUAUCUUGCGAACCAAUGUGGUAAGUGAAAUUUGAGAGCCUUUCUGUGUAUUCCCAAGUUAUCUGUGAAGUUCUGCUCACCUUUAAAAACCCAAUGUCUGUUCUGUAAUAAAUUCAUUGCAUUACUUGUGGACUGAAGAUAGAGAGUUUACGUCCUGCGCUUGAAACUGUCUAAAAGAAUAGCUAGCUCUGUGUCAGUCACACCUUUGUAAGUCAAAUAAAUUAUUUUUAAUGUGUGUAGCUAACAGACUGGUGCAGUAUCUUUGUUUAUUGCUGGAAAAUGGAUGAUCUCUCAAUGUACAGCUUUUGAAAAUGUUUGGGUACAUAUUGUGUGCUGAUCCAAUACGCAUUUCAGGUACAGUACUAAA